AUGACUAUUUUGAAUCUAAAGAUAUACAAAUCUAAAAUAUCUAAACUCUUUUUCAUUUAUACCCAAAAGUUUCAUAGUUCCAAUCAGCUUAAUUCAAAUUCCUCAUCAAAAAGAUGGAUUCAAAGACAAAAAAAUGACUAUUUUACGCGCGAAGCACGUGUAUUGCAAUACAAAUCAAGAGCAGCAUUCAAAUUACUAGAAAUAAAUGAAAAAUAUAAAAUUUUUAAACCAGGAAAUACAGUAAUUGAUCUAGGAUUUUCUCCAGGAUCAUGGUCCCAAGUUGCAGUUGAAAAAGUAGGAUCUAAAGGCCGUGUUCUAGGAUUAGAUAUCAUCCCUUCACAACCACCAGCUGGUGCAUCUUCUAUGCAAGGGAACUUUCUUUCAAAAGCAACCCAAAGAGCCAUUAUAAUGUAUCUUUCCGAUCCAAAUCGUGGCCGUCAAAGUGCUAUUUCUUCUCUUAGUUCAGAAAAUGGAGAAAAAUUAUCAUAUAUAGAUUUAGAAAAACGUCUAGAACAAAACAAUACUAAAUGUUACAACAGUAAAGUAGCAGAUGUUAUUUUAAGUGAUAUGUUAGCACCUUUGCCACAAAUUGAUGGCUUUUAUAAACGAAGUCUGAGUGACCCUUAUCAUAGGUUAGCAAAUGUUUCUGGAAUUAGUGUAAAAGAUCACGGAGCAAGCAUGGAUCUUUGCGAUUCAGCAUUAUUAUUCUGUAUAGAUGCAUUACACGUUGGAGGAAAUUUUAUAUGUAAAUUUUAUUCAGGCAUAGAAGAUAAAAUAUUAUUAAAGAAAAUGCAAAAAGUAUUUCAAGAAGUUAAAAGAGAAAAACCAUGUGCAUCUCAUAGUGAAUCUCGAGAAUCAUACUUUAUUGGACUAAAAAUGCGUGCAUCGAUUAAUAAAAAAGAUAUUGAAAAUAUGUAAGUUUAUUGUUAUUCUUAUUUAUAUCACC